AUGUCAACUCUUCGAUACAUAAUACUUUUCUUUAUAAUAUUAAGUUUACUAAAUGUUGCAUUAGCGAUCAGAUGUGGACCAAAUUUUAAAAAUGCCAAAUGUCCAGGUGAUACUUGUUGCUCUCGAAAGGGAGUUUGCGGAACAGGCGCACAUUGCGGAAGAGGGUGUCAACCUAAUUUUGGUAGAUGCAAUACGUUUGUUAAAACCCACACAAAGCCUUGUGUGACCAAAACUAAUAAACCUACUCCAUCAAUUUCGGUUGACAGUUUAUGUGGCCCGAAUCAUGGAAAUGCUACAUGCCGCAAUAAUCUAUGUUGUUCUAAAUCAGGUCAUUGUGGUAGUACUUCAAAAUAUUGCAAAAGCGGAUGUCAAUCAUCAUUUGGAAGAUGUGAUUCUUCCAAUUUAAAAUCAUCAA